UAAUAAUAAUAAUAAUAAUAAUAAUAAUAAUAGCAAUCUUGAAUGCAUUCAUUUGAGAAGAAGGCAAUUCUAUUACUGUAACUGUUCAUCUACCCUAUUCUAUGGUGAAUACAACUUUCUACAUUUCAUGUAAGAAAAAAAUAAACAGUACACAGUGUAUACAGUUUUGAAGGCAGAAAAAAUGUUAUUGAAAUAAAUAGUUCCCAGAAGAAUUUGAUAAAAAAAAGAAAAAAAAAAUAAUUAAGAAUAACAAUUGGAUCAUUUAGACAGAGAUCAAUUUUAUUGAAUUACAGUUCAUUUAUAUAUUACAUAACACAUCCUUCUUAUUCAUCUUCUUAUUAUUGGUACUUCUUAUUACUCAUUAUUUCAUUACGUAAUAGCGAUAUUAUUUUAACUUUAACAGUUCAUAAUCAAAAAGUAAAUCAUGUUGAAUGAAUUUGGCAAAUAGUCUAAUUCGUCAAUACCAUUUCGAAAUUUUCUCUUAAUUAAAAGAACUUGUGAACAAUGCCAGAACAGCCAACAGAUUAUCGUGUAGCUGUAUAUGGUUCAGGAGGAGUUGGUAAAACAUCACUUGUACUUCGAUUUGUACGUGGAACAUUCCGUGAGACAUAUAUUCCAACCAUAGAAGAUACAUAUAGACAGGUAAUCAGCUGUAAUCGGCAAGUAUGCACAUUACAAAUUACUGAUACUACUGGCAGUCAUCAAUUUCCAGCUAUGCAACGAUUGAGUAUUAAUAAAGCACAUGCAUUCAUCCUUGUAUAUUCCAUAACUAACAAAGCUUCAUUUGAUGAAUUACAACCAUUGUAUACUGAAUUAGCAUUAAUUAAAAUGGAUGAAUUACCAAAAAUACCAAUUAUGCUUGUUGGUAAUAAAAUCGAUGAAAAUGAUAAUCGAGAAGUUAGUCCAGCACAUGGUAAAGCAUUAGCACAAAAAUGGAAAUGUGGUUUUAUGGAAACAUCAGCUAAAUCAAAUUUAAAUGUGAAAGAAGUUUUUCAAGAAUUAUUAAAAAUGGAAACACGACGUAAUAUGACAUUAGUAGGUGAAAUAAAAUCACAUUCACGUUUUGUAUCAUUUUUUAAACGUCGUUCAAAUGAUACACAUACUAAUAAUACAAUUGGUGUUGUAAACACUGGUAUUAAUAAUACUAAUGGUACAAAUUUUAAUAAUUCUACAUCAAUUGUUGAUGCAUUAGAUAUGCCUAGACAAAUAAAUACAAUACAAGAACAAUCUAUUGCUAGUACAUCAAAAGUUACUAAAACUUCAUCAAAAUUAAAACGAUUUUUAAGCAUUAAAACUUAUUCUGAAUCAAUGGGAACAAUGAAAAAAGAUAAGAAUGAUGAUAUUGCAUAAACUUCAUUAUUUGUAUCGAAUCAUAAUGAUGCCUAUUCUGUAAAAAAAUAAUUAUUUUCUACGCUUAAAGUUAUAGAUUAUUUAUUCAUUUAUAAAAAUAAAACUACUUUAAAAGAA